UGUGUGUGUGUGUUUGAAGGGGAGGGCUGAUUAUGUAGUAGCCUUUUGCAGCCUGCAAGAAAGGACGAGAAAGCUCAAAUCUGUCAGGACAGCAACUGAACUUUCUCUGAAAACGUCUGGGUGUGUUCUGUGGAUUUCAUGGCUCUCCUCACCAAUAUAGCCAUCCUGAUGGUCCUUGCUUGUAUUUCCCAUCAGAUGAUGUUGGGUAGCUGCCACAGGAGCCAUGGACAUAGAGGACGGGGCGACAGAGGGCAGCGCAAGGAAAAAUCAGGACUGAGCCGUGUGAGGCCUGUUCGAGACAAACUAGUUACCAAAGAUGGUUCACAGUGUACCUGGACUGCAACAGAUGAUGACCCAUCAUUCCUCUUCAUUAACUGCAUAAAGGGGGAGAUGAGCUUUGUCUGUACAUACACAGCCAGACCAGCUCUUUGUCUCCAGUAUGCCUCAAACACUGUACUGUACUGGAAGCAGAUUACCAGGGCUCUGAAGAAGAAAAUCAACCUGUGUCAUAAUGAAACUGCAUUGGUGAGGGCAGGCAUGUGUAAACAAGCUCCCAGAAAUGCUCACUUUAGACUCGCAGGGGCAAAGAUGAAGGUGACUCCCUCACCUUACAUUCCACCCCCUCCCAACAAAGCAGUCAAAUCCUGCCUGCCUAAAAACAAGAAACUGGCCAAAGACUUCUGCAGUGACCCCUGGUCUAGUUUUUGCACCUUUUUCUCCACGAUGGUGAAUAAUUAUGAUUGCUGAGACAGGAAUAGAUGAACUGAACAAAACAAGCUGGACUUGUGCAGCCACAUCAAAACAUAUAAUUUUUUAGUGUAGAUUUUUUAUAGAAGCUUGUGGUCUUGUAAAAAGAUGAUAAUAGACCGGUGGUCACUAGAGUGGUAGGCAAAAAUUUUCAGUUCACUCUAAAAACAUACAAAUAUAUAUUUUAAAUACAUACAUAUUUAUAUAUUAGAAACUGACAUAUUAUGUGAAUUUUAAAGACAUUCUGUCCCAUUGUGAUUAUAAAUAACUAAGCCCAUGCUAAAUAAAUUACAGUCAUACACUCAA